GCCCUCUGUGUGACUGUGCCAACUGUGCUGCCCCGCCCUCUACACCUCUACCUGAUGCCCAGGACUCCCCCUGCUCUCUGACAUCUGAGGACAUGGCUGAUGUUCUGGAGGGGGAGGCCGAGGGUGAGGAAGGGAAGCUUUUAGGGGUCUCUGAGCCUUUCCCUGUCCCAGAGCUGCUGGGACUGAGCCUGGAGGAGAAGAGGCCGGCAGUGGCCUGCUACGUGGCCCAGCAGCAGGAGACUCUAGUGCAGCUACAGAGGUCAGGGCUGGUCCGCCGGAGGGCAGAGAGGCUGGAGAGGCUGUCAGGUCUGUCCCAGGAGGGGCUUCAUCCCCUGGAGCCUCUAGACAGCCCCCACUCAGGAGCCAGGGAGGGCCACAGCCCUGUGGAGGUGGAGUUCUCAGCCUUCCCAGAAGACUUCCCCAAGUCCUCCACGCCAUGCCUAGUGCCCCUAGAGCUGCUGGUGGUUCCUCUGACUAACGAGGCCCUGCUGGGUGCAGUGGGGUCUGGGGGGCUGACGCCCACCUCCUCCCCCCAUGGCUCCACACUGACACGUAGCUCCAGCAGUGACAGCAUCCGCAGCGUCAGGGGCAAACCCGGCCUGGUGCGACAGAGGGCUCAGGAGAUCGAGACCCGCAUGCGGCUGGCCGGCCUCACCGUGCCCUCAAGCCUCAAACGCUCCAACUCACUGGCCAAACUGGGAAGCCUCAACUUCUCCGCUGAAGACCUGUGCUCCGUCUGCUCCUCGGAUGCAGGCACCCUCCUGCUCCUCUCUCUUUCCCCAGAGCCAGGCCAAGAAAGGGAGUGCCCCACCACCUCCAUCUCUUCCUCCACCCAGCCCAGAGCACACAGGGACCAGACCACCCCAGAGAGAGCACUGUCCGGGGGUCCCAGGAGCUGACAGGAAGGAUGGAGGGACACUCCUCCACCCAUCCAUCCAUCCCCCACUCUGAGCUGGGGAGGGUCACACAGAUUUUGGAGAGGGGAGAGGGACAGUCUUAAAAAACAAAUGUGUAUAUAGAAUUAUACAUGUAUGAAUAAACAUUUGAAUAAUAUAAAUAUAUAUUAAUAUAAAUCCACAUCAUAUUUAAGGAAAAAUAAACAGAAUCCAAAUAUGAUACCAUAAUCCAGAUGGUAUCUUGGUUAAAGGCUGUUCUUGCAUGGAGCGCAAUGAAUGUGUGUGCAAAGAUGAACCUCAUACAGAAGACCUGGUCUCCCAUCGGACUUAAAAAAGUGGUUUUCAUUUCUGGUCCUUUCUAUCUGUCGAGAGAUCAGAGUUACAGCUUCAUCAUUAUCAUAUCAUCAUCAUCAUCAUCAUCGGUAUGCUAAAACGUUUUCUUCCUCUUUUCACCUCAGUGUUAAUGACUAUCCGUUACAGGUUGGAGGUUGUUACCAACGAUGUGAUAUUCGAAAUGUAUUUUAAAAAUCAUACAAGCAUAGAAUCUAGCUCCUCUGCUUCUGAGCCUGCGUUGUAUUUUGGUAUUUGCAUAAAAAAGUUAAUCAAACAGAUUAUUUUGGGAUGAGACAAAUAUAUGUUAGAAAUAAUUUUCAAACAAUUCAGAUCCCAAAAUAAUAGAAUACAAAAAACAAAAAGACCAUAGCCCCCUCCUGCAAGUACAGCAGUGGGAUUCCACUUCUGUAUCAAAAGUAAUUCCUUCAUCCUAGUCCCCUCCAUUUCUGACGCUUUCAUGCUAUAAUGUCCUCCAAGCUUCCAACAUGUCCCUGUGUCAAAACGUCCAGAUAUCAUUCCAAGAAUCUUCUGGGACCAUUCUACCUCUGUGACACCACAGUGAUGUGGUGCUUUUAAUUUUGUUCAAGUAGUUCUAUAGACCCCGCUCUUGUCAGGUGAGAGGUUCACAUGCUGUAUCAUUGAGAUCCUAUAUCUCUACGGGCUGUAUGUUGUAUCUAUAUAUGAUCUCUAUGGGUUGUAUGUUGUAUGCAGGGUAGUCCGUAGUUGUCUGGUUUAUAGUCUUAAUAGGGUUGUCUGCUGAGCCCCCCAUACCUGGACACUCACCUGAGAUUCAGCAACAGUAGAGUACAGUGGGAAUGAUAUGAUGACACAGCCAAAGGGGCUGGAGAAACCAUUCCCUUAACAAAUCUUGCUGUUCCUUUCUGCCCUCCCUUCCCAACAUGGAUUAGCCUGUGUCUAAGCCUGGGUUUACCUGUGUAGUUGUACAGGUCCUUUCUGAGACUGGCUACACUGAACGCUAAUCUUAUUAGGGGUUCAAGUAGCGAAGCUGCGAGAAACCCUAUUGAAUUUGUUGGCGUUCAUUGUUAUACUGGUUCUUUCCGCAAUGAAAAUUAACAUGUAAAUUCCUGUGUCAUUGUUAUACCGGUUCUUUCCGCAAUGAAAAUUAACAUGUCAAUUCCUGUGUGAUGGUAAGGCUGAGGAGGGUGCAACUUGGCAUGAUGGUAAAGGCCCAUAGUCCACACCAUCUCAUGCAAUGCCACGCCAGGGCCUCAUGGUGGCGCUAUAUCAAGCGAUUGAAAUUGCACAUUUUGAAAGGUCAUGCCCCUCACCCCAUGUGACAAAGAGUCCUGAAAUUCAGUACAUAGGUUUCUCUCCUCACAAGGAACACAUUUUCCUCAAGAUCCCAUAAGGUCCGCUAUGAUGGAUUUUCCGCCGUUUAGAAUUUUGUGAAAAACACAAAUUAAAUCUCCUCCGGAACCACUGAGCCGAUCUGGAUGAAACUUGAUAUAUAGCGUGUGUGGACCAAGGUCUCUCAACGCAAUAUUUUCCUGGCUAGCAUCUCAAAGAACAUGGACCAAUAAACAUUCAAAUGGGGGUGACCUGCCACAUAAAUGCAUAUAAAUCUGACACGGUUAUUCGUAUUGUAACAACAUGUUCAAAACACUGUUGGGACUUAACGUAUGCAAGCACAUUCAGAUCGACCACACGGUGAGUCUAGCUAACCUGUAGAGUAUGGUUCUGUUUGGCUGCAUUGGGGCACUGUUGGACAUGAAAAAUAAUACAUGCAAGCUUUGGCUUAGAGCGGCUAUAUUGUUUGAGAUAGAGUCUUAUUUGAAGACGUGUCUAUAGAUGCUAAAUACCAUAUUUGGUGCUGAUCGGUCCAGCGGUUCUGGAGAAGAAGACGUUUAUGGUAGUCAACAUUUGAAAAGGUCCAAAGUACAUCAAAAGCAUAUUGCAUGAUCUGUUGGAUUUUGAGUUCUGAUAUUUGGCAAGCGUGGUAAGGAAGGAGUACAGAAGUGACUCGCCCUAGGGCGACGUGUUUAAUUUGUCCUGAUGGUGGCGCUGUGGGGACAUAGCUUGAACCCCGGCAUGGCUGCUUGCGGCUAUAUUUUAAACAGCUCUUGGUCAGGUUUAUAAGUUGAGCAGGGAACUCACAGGAUUCUCCCCCUCUAACUUCUUUUUGAUCCACGCUUGUCUGUAAUCAUGUCCUUUAUUUUAUCUGAGAACUGAGUUGCGCUGCAGAAUUUAAUUUGUGAGCAGUUGCAUUGGGAGUUGUACAAAGUCUUCUUUAGGUUCCAGAGAAUGUUUUUCUCUGAUCUUCCUCUGAGGGUCACACAAUUCCUUAUGCAUGAGGUCACAAGAGCCAUGAUGUGUCAUUUCACUUCCAUCAUUCUUCUUUCUCUACCUCUUCCUGUAUCACUACUGCUGUCCUGAAAGUGUCCAACUAACUAUUCAACUUCUAUGUCGCCCAAUUCAUUCCACUCAGCUUGUCUUCAUCUAUAAGUGAAAAGAAUAGAGGUUAUUUAUGCAACAUCUUGCUACUUUGUCAUAUGUUUUUUUUUACAGAAAUGUUGCAGUCAAAUAUUUUCUUUCAAAUUAUUUUAUAAGUUCAGUGUUUGUGCAUGGGAGUGGUUACAUGGUUACUGUGAACUAUUUAUGAGAAGUGAAAAUAAACUUUAAACACAUGAA